AUGAGUUUAACCUCGGCGCUUGUGACAGUGAAGACGGGUGACUACCAGGGCGGGGGGACGGACGAAAACAUCUUCAUUGCCCUGAUUGACAGCAAGGGAGACAGAUCACGUGAUAUCCCCCUCCACUUGCUUUGGGAAGAUUUCGAAAGGCAGCCGUUCAAUGUGGAUAACAUUGCAGUCUGCCCGCCCAUCCGUGAUCUGGAGGUGUGGCGAGACCCGGCCGCCAUAAUACAUGACAACUGGUUCUGUCAGUCCGUCUCUGUAAAACUACAGCCGGACCAGAACGGCCCAACCGAUGAGUUCCCUGUCGACCGAUGGAUUAAAGCAGGUGAACGGGUGUGGGUGCCCCCUGGCGGUGCAGUACUGCCCCAGUACGACCGACACGCAGAGAACCGUGAGAGGGAGCUGCAGGAGAUGAAGAAACGUUACGCGUCAUUCACGCCUUCUCCGGGCCUGCUGCCAAUGUCGGCUAUGGUUGAGACGGGGAUCACUCUCGGCUUGACGGAUUUGCCGAUCAUCAUUGAGGCUGGACGGUGGAGGACUUUCGAUGGUAUCGACGAGGUGUUCCAAGCAGGCAAAAUUCCCAAAGGAAAAGCCAACUGGAGAACCGACGAUCAUUUUGGGGCGCAGCGUCUCACUGGAGUCAACCCAACAUCGAUUCGUCUGUGCAAGGAGAUACCAAGGGCUUUUGGCGUAACGUCCAAGAUGGUCGAACCUUUCCUACAAGGCCUGAACCUGAAAGCAGCCAUGCGAAAGAAGCGUCUGUACAUCGUGGAUCACACCAUCAUGAAGGCAGCAGCAUUUGCGAUCGGCAGACCGAUGUGUGCUCCUUAUGGACUGUUCUUUGUUAACGGCAAUGGUGACCUGGUUCCUGUCGCAAUCCAGUUGUAUCCUGACGACCAAAAACAGAACCCCGUAUUCCUGCCGAGCGACCCGCCUUACACUUGGCUGAUGGCAAAGAUGUGGUUCAACUGCGCAGAUGGGAACUACCACGAGGCGGUGGCUCACCUUGGAUUUACCCAUCUCUUGAUUGAGGCACUAGCACUGUCGGCCUUUCAGAACCUUGCGCCGGCCCACCCGAUUCUCCGUCUGAUGCAGCCGCACUUCAUCUACCUUUUUGCUAUCAAUGAUCUUGCACUGAAGUCACUGAUCAAAAAAGGAAGUGGUCUGGAUCUGGUAUCGCAGAUUGGCGUGGAGGGGGCCUUCGCUCUCAUCAAAGAAAAACUGAAGACGUGGCAGCUUGAUGUGGAUGGAACACUUCCGGAGGAUCUGAAGAAUCGAGGGGUUGACGAUGAGAAAGCACUGCCGAAGUACUACUACCGUGACGAUGCUUUACGUUCGUAUCACGUGAUCCACAAAUACGUCACCAGCGUCGUGAAGAUUUUCUACGAUGAUGGCAAUAAUUCUGCCAAGCUGAGGGAUGACAAGGAGAUCCAGGCCUGGGCACGGGCUCUCGCUUCUUCAUCCGAUGGAAAUAUCACUGUUAAGGGAGUUCCUGGGAAUGGACAUUUCUCGACCCUGGAUCAGCUGAUCCAGACGGUGACGUGCGUCAUCUUCACCAGUAGCGUGCAGCACGCGGCCGUCAACUUCAUGCAGUGGGACCAGUACGGCUUCGUACCCAAUAUGCCGCUCAUGUUGGAGGGGAACCCGCCCGCAACUAAGGAUGCUCUAACAGAACAGGACAUCCUAAAUGCGCUUCCCGGGAGGAUAAACACUUUUAAGAUGAGCCUUUUGGCAGAGGUCCUCAGUGAGCGGGCAACAAUGCGUCUGGGAGACUUCUUGGUGUCAUACCUGCAGGGUCCCAAAGUGCUGCAGGCUGUUCAAAGGUUCAAGGAGGAUCUUGAUGCUGUUGCGAACAUAAUCGAAAGUGAAAACCAAACGCAGCGCUUUCAGCCUUACGACUACUUGGAUCCAAAACUCAUUCCAAACGCUAUCAGCAUCUAG